AGUGAACAAGGGGGGAUUGACUUUCGUACAUACGAGAAUCUUACCAGUCUCACAGCACCCUUCGGGACCACAAACACCCCAGUGAUUGGAACGAAAAUUAUAGGAGGUGUACAGGUCCCUGUCAUUGAACACCUUUCUUCCAGUCAGGAAAAUGGCAGUUUUGGAAUCGGCAUCACAAAGCUGACUGACAUAGCAGACAAGCCAAACAAUGUCAACCCAGACCUUCUGAGACGGGGUGCCCGUACCUACUUCAGCGCUCAGCAGGUGUGUAUGGCCAGACAGCUAGCUACCCCAAUAUCCAUUAACUUACUAAAUUCAAUGGAAACAGCUUCCUUGAGAGACCACCCUAAUUGGAGACAGACUUUUUCAUAUCCAAAGUUAUCU